CGGUUCCGAUUCCCUCCCCCCCCCUCUGAUCUAUCGCUUCCUCCCUAUCAUGGCCGACGUGGGUUUGUUGAUGCAGGAUGGCCUGUUACACCCGGGUCAGGCGCAGGCGGACGGAGCCGGCGAGCAGCCGAAACCCAACACGGAUAACUCUAACCAGGCCCGGAUGGCACACCAACAAGCGCUACGAUUCCGUGGUCCAGCUCCUCCAACAAAUGCAAUGCUGCGGGGUCCACCACCACUUCAUGUACGUCCACCUCCUCCUCCAUUUGCGAUGAUGAGAGGACCUCCACCACGUCCUCCUUUUGGGCGACCACCAUUUGAUCCUAGUAUGCCACCAAUUCCACCGCCACCAGGAGGAAUUCCACCACCUAUGGCUCCACCACAUUUACAGAGACCACCUUUCAUGCCGCCUCCUAUGACCAAUAUGCCGCCACCACCUGGAAUGAUAUUUCCACCAGGGAUGCCUCCAGUUUCUGCUCCAACAGCACCUGGGUUACCGAACAAUGAAGAGAUUUGGGUAGAGAACAAAACUCCAGAAGGAAAAGUAUAUUAUUACAAUGCUCGGACCCGAGAGUCUGCUUGGUCAAAGCCAGAGGGUGUAAAGAUAAUCCAGCAAUCUGAACUGACACCGGUCAUGGCCUCACAAGUGAUCACUACGACAUCAACACCUAUUGGCAGCACAACCGCCCCAUCAGUCUCAACACCAGCUUCAUCUAUUCAGACAACCACACCAGCCUCUUCUAGUACACCUGCGUCAGUUGUUACGGUUUCAACAGCAGGUGCAGAUCAUAUGCGAUUAAGUGCUCCAACUUACUCAGCAUUAAAAGUGUUUGGAAAAAGUAUGAGGAGUGUGUCAAGUGACGGUGCCAGCUUUACUUUUCCACUGGUAUCUGCAGCUCCCGAUCAGCCUCCACCUGCUGUAUCAGUUGCUAACCCAACACCCGUCUCUGUAGCCGUAACUACCAGUGCGACGCAGCAGCCAGUACCGCAAUCUGUGCCACAGGCCAUGCCCCCACCUGUACCACAGCCCGUGCCACAGCCAGCUACAGCAAUCCCAGCCUUUCCACCAGUGAUGGUGCCACCAUUCCGUGUGCCAUUGCCAGGCAUGCCAAUUCCAUUGCCAGGUGUAGCAAUGAUGCAAAUAGUCAGCUGCCCGUAUGUAAAGACAGUCACUACCGCCAAGAAUGGUAUGCUACCUGGAAUGGCCCCACCGAUGGUGCCCAUGUUGCCUCCACAGGUUACAAUUGCUUCUUCAGUCACCCUCCCUGGAGGUAUCCCAGGCUCUGAGUGGACAGAAUAUAAAACUGGCGAUGGGAAAACUUACUACUAUAACAAUCGGACUUUGGAAUCCACAUGGGAGAAGCCACAGGAGCUGAAAGAGAAAGCAGAUAAAGAAGUUGAGAAGCCAAAAGAAUCCAUCAAAGAGCCAGCAGAACCCGAGCCAAUGGAGAUGGAAGAGGAAGAGCCUAAAGAGGAACCUCCAAAAGAGAAGAAGGAGGAGCCAAAAGAGGAGGUGUUGACUGAAGAGGAGAAGGCUGCACAAAAAGCCAAACCUGUGGCCACCACUCCUGUCCCUGGCACACCGUGGUGUGUUGUAUGGACUGGUGAUGAGCGGGUGUUUUAUUAUAAUCCAACAACCCGCUUGUCAAUGUGGGAUCGGCCAGAUGAGUUGGUUGGAAGAGCGGAUGUGGACAAAAUUAUCCAGGAGCCGCCUCAUAAAAAGUCUGAGAAUGAGAAAAGACCCGUUAAAGAAGAGACUGAACCCCCAGAAGAUGAAUAUGAUGAUGAACCAAUUAAAGCAAAGAAGCGAAAGAAGGAUGAUCUCAAAGAUCCAGAAUCUGAGAAAGAGGCAGCUAUGGAAGCUGAGAUCAAAGCAGCCCGGGAGAGAGCCAUUGUCCCGCUGGAUUCUCGCAUGAAACAGUUCCGAGAUAUGCUACUUGAGAGAGGGGUCUCAGCAUUCUCUACAUGGGAGAAGGAGCUCCACAAGAUUGUUUUUGAUCCGAGAUACCUCCUCCUGAAUCCGAAGGAAAGAAAGCAGGUUUUUGACCAGUAUGUUAAAACUAGAGCUGAAGAAGAGCGUAAAGAGAAGAAAAACAAACUGCAACAAUCAAAAGAAGACUUCAAAAAGUUACUAGAAGAUGCAAAGUUAACUCCCAGAUCCACUUUCAGUGACUUUGCUGCCAAAUAUGGCAAAGACUCCAGAUUCAAAGCAAUUGAAAAGAUGAAAGAUCGGGAAAGCAUGUUUAUCGAGUUUAUUACCAGUGUGAGGAAACGAGAGAAGGAAGAUUCGAAGAGUCGGACAGAGAAGCUAAAAGGCAACUUCUUCGAUAUGCUGUCUGAGCAUCACCUGGACAGUCAGUUACGUUGGAGCAAAGUGAAGGAGAAAUUUGAAAGUGACUCGCGUUACAAAGCUGUGGAUAGCUCUGGGCUAAGGGAGGAUUUCUUUAAGCAGUAUAUGGAGAAGCUAGCUAAGCACAUUGACUCUGAUAAGGAGAAGGAACUGGAGCGCCAGGCACGAAUAGAAGCAAGUUUACGAGAGAGGGAGAGAGAGGUUCAGAAAGCUCGUUCAGAGCAGACCAAGGAAAUUGAUCGGGAACGAGAACAGCACAAGAGAGAGGAAGCUAUCCAGAAUUUCAAAGCUUUACUGUCUGAUAUGGUCCGUUCUUCCGAUGUGACAUGGUCAGAUACUCGGAGGACCCUUCGCAAAGACCACCGCUGGGAGUCUGCUUCAUUACUGGAACGAGAAGAGAAGGAAAAGUUAUUUAGUGAGCACAUAGAGGCGCUUACAAAGAAGAAGAGGGAGCAUUUUAGACAGCUUCUGGAUGAAACCUCAGCGAUUACUCUUACCUCUACAUGGAAGGAAGUGAAAAAGGUCAUCAAAGAGGAUCCUCGCUGCAUCAAGUUCUCGUCUAGUGAUAGGAAAAAGCAGAGAGAGUUUGAAGAAUACAUUCGAGAUAAAUACAUCACAGCCAAAGCUGACUUUAGGACACUGUUGAAGGAGACCAAAUUUAUUACUUACAGGUCAAAAAAACUACUGCACGAGUCAGAUCAACAUCUAAAAGACAUUGAAAGGAUCCUUCAGAAUGACAAACGGUACUUGGUGUUGGAGUGUGUGCCUGAGGAAAGACGCAAGCUCAUUAUGGCCUACAUUGAUGAUCUUGAUCGGCGAGGCCCUCCCCCACCUCCCACAGCAUCAGAACCAACGAGACGCUCUGCCAAAUAACACCACAAGGUUCUUCUGAGAAUGAGCAGGCUGCCCAUCAACUGAGACUUGUGCAUGAGCCAUCUGCCAGACAUCAACGUGUGUGCAGUAUUAAUGUGUCUGCUUUGUCCAGUUUUGUAUAUAGUAUGGACACAUUUGUACCAGCUUGUCGUCAUGUUGAAGUGGAAGCUUUGACUCAUCAUUCGGUUGUGUAAAAUAAAAGUUUUAAAAGAAAACAGCUGACGUAGUAUGUGUAGCAUGGUCAUUGUCCAAACAAAUGGCUGUGCCACAGCAAAACUGUAAAAACUAGCAUUUAGUUACCAGUAAUUUUCCAAGUCAGUCACUGAACUCAAAAGGGGUUUUGUUUGUAACGUUUAAGCUUUUACUUGCGUUUAAAUGUAAGUUUCCAAAGUGACUUUAUUAACUAAGGUGUUGGAAAUGUUGCCUAGUUGAAAUGUUUACUGCAAUAAACCAUCUUUUUUUCUAAAA